GAAACCUUGAUCACAACAAACAUGGAGACGGUAAGCAAUGCUACAACAGAGCAAACGGCCUUGACAGGAGAAAAGCAAGACGAUUCCGACGACGAAGAUGAGGGGAACAUUGAUCUAGGUGUCGCAGGUUUACCUCAAGUUAACUUUUCAGGUUUAAAAAACGAAUUUCAGACGAUUAAUUUAGAUGGAGACGGGGACGACGAAGAGGAAGACGAACCCUCUGAUCGCGACCUCUCGGAUGACAAACGGAAGAAAAAAUACAGGAAAAAGAAGAAGAAGAACCAACCUUCGGAAAAUUCAUCCGACAGCAGUUCAGACGACGACAGGAGAAGCAGCAGAAAGAAAAAAGAGACUGACAUUGAUCCGUCUGACCUAACAUGGCCACUUUGGGUAUGGUACUACAUUGUAGCAGUAUCAAGUGGAGCUCUUAAAGUGGCUGAAUAUCUGGGAGAAAAGCUGGCAGCUUUCUUUGGAAUUACCACACCAAGAUAUCAAUAUGUUAUUGAUGAAUUUUAUAGACUCAAGGAGCAGGAAAGAGAAGAGGAAGAGCAAGAACGGAAAGAAAGGGAAUAUGUUGAAAGAAUGGCAGCUGAGAGAUUAGCAUCUUUAGAAGGAGGCAACAGCUUAGAUCUUCAAAAAGCUGCUGAAUUACUAAAUGGAAAUGUUGUCAAACAAAGUGUAGAGAACAUGCCAAACAAAUUUUGAACUUUUAUAACUGUUUCUGAACUACAAUUUGCAAUUAUUUGGAGAGCACUGAAUGUUUGUAGUCACAUAACCAGUGCAACUGUCCACUACCCUGCAAUGUCAAAAACUGUUAACAUCUUUUUUUUUUUUUUUUAAUCUCAUCAGCAUGCUGUACUUGUAGCUAAAGUAUAUGGUGUAGUAUAGAAUUUUCAAUGUAGCUUUGAUUAUUGAAUGAAUUAGGCUUCAUGAUUAAGUACACUCUUUUGUUUUCAAUGUUGUAAACAUGUUUGUAAAGGGAGACACCUUUCAAUUUAACUUAGGGUAUGUCUGAGGAUACAAACAAAACCACAUUAAGUUGAAAAAUGGAUAUAUCUUCAAUGAGCUUGUAAAGAUGCUGUUUAUUCCAGUUUAUAUCAAGGGGGAAGUGCUGAAUUAGGCAUACAUUUGAGUGUAAACUUUGUACAUGUGUUCCUGCAUGAACCCACAUUGAUAGGGUUCUUAAAUAUCUAGAUAAUAUUUUUUAUGCAUCAGAAAAUUUUCAGAGCUCAAUUUUUCUACAGUAACUAGUUUACUGAUACGAAACUGUUAUUCAUCAGUAGUUGUAGUUCCAAACAAGGUAUCAUGACCCUAAUAGUAUGAAGUUGUAAGACAAAGUUUUCCUAGUGAUGUUAGCUCAAUUUGUAACUAUUAAUAUUGAAAAUAACUGAAAUACAGCGUAGAACUCUUAUUUAGGGAAUUCCUCUCUGUACAGGGUUCGUACAGGUCCCAUAAAACCUGGAAAGUCAUGGAAUUUUUAUAAUUUCAUUUUCCAGGCCUGAAAAGUUGUGGUUUGGCUCCUGGAAAAUUAUGGAAAAUUGGCUGGUUUGCUAUGAGUGCAAAGCAACAUAGACCCAAAUUUUAAACAAAAAAUUCAAGAAACAAGAUUUAAUUUCAGUAUGAAUAAAUAUUGGCAGAAGAUCUACCCUUGUGGGUAUUCUUGUUUGACAUCUAUGCAAAUUUGUGAGCCAUUUGGAAUGAACUUAUCGGUACACUUACUUAACUUAGAUUAUUGAAGUUUUUGGGAAGUCAUGGAAAGUCAUGGAGUUGUAACAGCUCAAAACUGUACAGACCCUGUAUAUAGCAAAGGAGGACCCCCAUGCAAAGGACAAGAUUAUGCAUCUUGAUGGAAAUAUAAAUGUAUAAAGGGAAUUUUUUUUAAUUGAACACUUUAGUCAUGCUGGGGAAGCUCUCUAAUGGCAAUUUUAACCUCAAUAUCUGAUCGGCAACCAAAUUUUCCAGCAAGGAGCGACUGGUAGUUUUAGUAUGUUUACUAUGUUAUUAUUGUAACAUACAGGCUGGAUUUCAUCGUGGCACAAUCAAUAAGGGAAAAAGUGAUGAUCAUUGUAAUGGAAAGGUGUGGGGAAUGUGAGAGAUAUACGAAUUUUAUUUUUGUUGCUUUAUUCAGCAAGUCUUAUUUCAUCCAUGUGUGGGAAGUAAAUAUCCCUCAAAGCUUAUUUAACUUUCCUCUUUGUUACCAGAAUUGGUGUUAAACUAGUGAUGUGGACUAGUUGUCUUUGUUUGUAGACUGUGUUAAUGAUUGCAGUGUUAUGAGUUCAGGAUUUUCUCUACUCUGUGCUUAGAUCCCAUUACAUUGGUUUGUGUCCUUUUAAACUGAUUUUAUUUUCCAACUUUUCAUUUGCCACUGUUGGGAGGAAAGGUGAUAAACAUGGUAAAUGGAUUGAACGAAAUCAACUGAACUUUAUGAGUAGAGAAGUGUUGUGUCAAUGAGUUAGUCACACAGUGAGCAUUGUUACCAGUUAAAUUGAGAUAUUGAGGAAUUAGAUCAAAACAUUGCAAUUUAAAAAUUUUGCAGUUAUCAAGCAGUGUGGCCAUCCAGAUGUGAGCUUUACAGUUUUGUGAGAACUUGAUAGACAUGAAGGCAGAGGGAUUAUUAAAACAAGGAUGGGACCUUUGAAUGCAAUCUUAUUAUCAGUGGCUCUUCUGCCUUCCCAACCUGGAGUAAGAGAGAGUGUCUACCAUCACAAACCAUUCAUAUAUGUAGGCAGUUCAAUCAAUUUAUCACAAAUUUAUUUUUUACCAACUAUUUAUUUGUUUAAAGUUAUACAAUAAAAAGCGGUGGUUUAGAACA